AUGCUGGCCACUGUGGGACAAGGGUACAAUACAGCCCUCCUGCUCCAGGGCCAGGAACUAGAGGCGCCCAGGUUUGUGCCUCAGGUCCUGCAGAUGCUGUUUGAGGAAGCUCUGCCUCGCUGCAGAUCUGACCCUGUGCUUUGUACUCUCGGUCUGGUGCAGAUUAGCCACAGUGGACAAACUCAGGACCUGCUCUCCCCAUGUCUGGAGGACCUGCCAGUACUGGAUGUGACCCCUCUGGGCUUGGUGGUGAAAGAUGCCAGUGAAGUGGAGGUGUCUGAUGCCCAAGCUGCCUCUGCGCUAUACCUAAAGGCUGCUGGGAGCGAAGGCAGAGACUGCCCCCUGCUGCAAGUACUGGCUGGAGCUGCUGCUGGGGAGGAGGUGGAGGGCUCCCUGCCCUGGAUCGUCUCCUGGCUCCUGGCGGCAAACAGCUACUGUGGGGUACUUCUUCGUCUGGACCCGAGAGGUAGCUCCCCAAGUUUGCUCCAGAAUGCUCUGUUGGGGGCCUCAAGAAAGCGAGUGCAGGUGAAUGAGGUGAAACCCACCCUGUGGAAUGCAGGAGAGGAGAUGAGGGCCCGCAGGGCCACCCUGAAGACGCUGCGUUUAGGCCUUCUUGGAGACACCCUGACAGAUGGAGGAUUGAACCAAUUGGAAAGGGCACUCUGGGAACUCCAGGUGGUGAAAGCCUGGGGCUCAAGAAGCCACGCCUCCAGAGGGCCUGAGACUGUGAGGCUCUGUGAACCUCAGGCUAAAGGCGAGUCUCCGAACUACUUUAAGCAAGGAAGAUACUCGGCUCAUCUGUCAGAGGCAGGAAGAAGAGGAUUUCUAGGGUCUGGGCUUCGCCUAAAGCAUCCCCUCAGGCACUGUGAGGAACAGGCCAGUCAAGCCCCAGAUGUGGCCCUGCAGUUCUUUCUGGCCCAGGCCCGGAGGCAGAGACUUCAAGAGGAACACCGGAUUUGGAUCCAAGAAGCGCUGGAACAUUUGGGACACCAGAAGGAAGUGGCCUGUGAACAGAAUAAAGGCUCGGCAGCAGAGGAGGCUUGCGAGGAGAGAGAGAGUCCAUGGAAGGAGCAGGCAGUGCUGAAGCUUCGGGUGGAAGCGCUGCAGGCGGAACGGGACAUGGCAGAGCAAGAUCUGGUGGCCCUAUAUGACUUGUAUGUCCAGGCCACCCGUGCUCGGACAUGCCACUUGCUGCAGGUAUUCCGAGCAUGGCAGGGCAUGUGGGAGGAGAAGGCCAUGGCCACAGAAUGCCACCACCGCAGUCUGCUGGCUGGCAUCCUCCAAGACACCAUUGAUCUGGCCUUGAAGAACCAGGAACUCCAGGCCCGGAACCAGCAGCCUGAGCAGAGUGCAGACAGGGCCAGCAGCACUGGAGUCCUGCCUGGAGAAAAAUCUGACCCAGAACACUCUGGGGCUACUUUCCUUUGUCCUCAUUCAUGAAGGUCCAGAGGGGAGAGGAAGGUGGGGGCAUACCGACAAAAAUGGCUCUCAUUACAGAAACCUACCAUCACCACCACCAACUCUGUCUCCUUGUACCAAUCUCUGCUAAGUACCCAAUACUUCGAAGAUUUUUUUUUCAGCUCUUGUGUUUGUGCCAUUUGACCCUCAUUCAGAGAAAACCUGUACUAGUAACUGCCCAAGGACAGUCAGAUAAGUAGCAGAGGGACCACUCUUCUUCCUGUGCUGGGGAUAGACCCCAAGGCCUCUGCACACCAAGCAUCUUCUUUACCUUUGAACUACUGCUCUAACCCUGCCACCUUUUCUUUUUUGAGACAUGGUCUCAGCCCAGGCUGACCUGGAACUUGCUAUAUAACUAAGAAUGAUUUUUACUUACUGGCUUUCCUGCCUCCAACUUCAGAGUGCUGGGACUGUAUGCUGGCAUCAGGACAACCAGCUCUUGUUUUGAGAAGCCCACCUAGUAUUCUACCAUAAGAGGAGGAUCUGACGUUUCCCUGGCCAGGAUUUCAAAGGAGUAAGAGUCAGAACAGUAGCUAGGUAUGCCACCUCAGGCCCAUAAACUCUGCAUUCUUGAGGCUGAGGCAGGAGGAUUGCUUCUAAUUUGAGGAUAGCCUGGGCUAUAGAAUUCAUUCCAGGCUAGCCUGGACUAUGAUGUGAAACCCUGCUCCAAGACAUAUUUGUGGACUUAAGUGUCCUAGUUUG